AUGCUAUCAGCCUCGUUCAGAAAAGCAGGUUCUUUGACUCGGGCCGUGUCUGCAGGUCAGAGGCGCUUCCUCUCCAUCCACGAAUACCAAUCCGUCAACCUUCUGAACUCGUAUGGGAUACCCACACCGAAAAGUAUACCCGCGAAGACUCCCGAGGAAGCUUAUGAAGUAGCAAAGAAUUUUGGUCAUGAUAGGCUCGUGAUCAAGGCGCAAGUGCUUGCUGGCGGACGAGGGAAGGGGAAAUUUGAUAACGGCUUCCAGGGGGGUGUACAUAUGGUUGGAUCGCCUGAGCAAGCCAAAGAGCUAGCAGGCAAGAUGCUCGGAGCAAGUCUCAUCACAAAACAAACUGGUGCAGGAGGUCGUGUCUGCAACGCUGUCAUGCUUGCGGAACGCCGUGAUCCCACACACGAAUACUAUGUUGCAGUUCUCAAUGACCGAGUAACUCAAGGCGUCGUUCUGGUCGCGUCUAACCAAGGUGGUAUGAAUAUUGAGGAAGUCGCUGCGAAGGACCCGGAUGCUAUCAUCACCACCCCAAUCGACUACGAGAAGGGAUUGAGCAAGGAACAGGCUCUCGGUGUCGCGAAGAAGCUCGGCUUCAAGACCGCUCAAGCACAAGACGAAGCUGCCGAUAUAUUCAUCAACCUCUACCGCAUCUUCAAAGACAAGGAUGCUACUCAAAUUGAAAUCAACCCGAUGGCGGAAACUGCUGAGGGCCAAGUCCUCUGCAUGGAUGCCAAGUUCGGGUUUGACGACAACGCGGAAUUCCGUCAACAAGAUGUUUUCAAUCUCCGGGACAUCUCUCAGGAGGAACCCUCCGAAGUUGAGGCCCAGAAAGCCAACUUGAACUUUAUCAAGUUGGAUGGGAACAUCGGGUGUCUCGUGAAUGGUGCCGGUCUGGCCAUGGCGACAAUGGAUGUCCUUUCCCUCCAUGGUGGGAACCCCGCCAACUUCUUGGACUGUGGAGGAGGUGCUACUCCGGACACCGUCAAGAAGGCGUUCGAGAUUCUGUUGUCUGACCCCAAGGUCAAGAGCAUCUUCAUCAACAUCUUUGGUGGUAUCAUGAGAUGCGACUACAUCGCCGAGGGUGUUAUCAAAGCUACUAAGGAACUCUCGCUCACUAUUCCUCUCGUAGUCAGGCUCAAAGGUACCAAGGAGGCCGAGGCCAAGCAAAUGAUCAAGGACUCUGGUCUCAAGAUCAUCGCCUUCGACAGUCUCGAUGAAGCCGCUGAACGGGCAGUCCACUUGGCCCAUGCUUAA